AUGAGUGAUCCAAUCAAUGAGACACAACAAGAAUCACUAUCAAAAGAAGAUUCAAAAGAAGCUAUAAAGAGAUUGAGUCAAGAACAACUACCCAAAGGUCUUAUAUUACCAUACUUAAUCUUUAUUAGAAUAAUCAAUGCAUUCACAAUAAAUACAUUUUUCCAAGCUGAUGAAUAUUGGCAAUCAUUAGAACCUGCACAUGAAUUUGUAUAUGGAUAUGGCUACCUAACAUGGGAAUGGCGUACAGGUCUUAGAAGUUUCAUACAUCCAUUAAUAUUCAGUGGAUUAUACCAGAUAUCAGAAUUAUUAGGAUUAGGCGAUUUUGGUGUCUUAAUAAUGCCUAAAUUAGGUCAAGCUAUAAUUGCAGGGAUUGGUGAAUAUUUCUUAUAUACAUUCAUUUAUUCAGUGACUAAAAAUGAAAAAAUCGCAAGAUGGGGGUUAUUAAUCUCUAUAACAAGUGCAUUUAAUUGGUAUAUUAUUACAAGAACUUUUUCAAAUAGUUUAGAAUUAACACUUACAUCAAUAGCAUUAGCUUAUUGGAAUUGGGAUAAUGAAAUCAAUUGGGGAAAAAUCCAAGUCAGUUUGAUUUUUUCAGCUAUAAGUUGUGUUAUAAGACCAACAAAUGGUAUAAUAUGGAUAUAUUUAUCAAUUUGGUUUGCCUUUUCCAAAAAACUCUCUCAAACAGUUAAAUUGUUUUUGCAUGCUUUUGUAAUUGGCUCAAUUAUAUUUGGAAUUAAUACAUUAAUAGAUUAUUGGUAUUAUGGAUCAUUAACAAUUCCAAUUUGGAAUUUUAUAAACUUUAACGUUACAACUUCAUUAUCAAAAUUUUAUGGUAUUGCACCAUGGCAUUUCCAUAUUUUUCAAAGUUUACCAAUAAUAUUAAUGACCGCAUUACCAAUUUUCAUAUACGGUUUAAAAGUUUAUCCAAAAUCACAAUUAAAAUGGUUGUUGGUUCUAAUUAUUGGAGUUUUUUCAUUUAUCGAUCAUAAAGAAUUUAGAUUUAUUUAUCCGUUUCAACCAAUAAUUUUUUUAAUUACAGCAUAUGGUGGGUUUCAUUUAAAUUUACAUCAUCCAAUCUUAGUGAAAUAUUCAAUUUAUCUCAUAAUCAUUAUAAAUACUUUAAUUUCAUUAUUUUUCACUCAAUGGCAUGAAAGAGGUGUUAUUGAUGUUAUUGAAUAUUUGAAAAAUGAUCCAGAUGUUGAAUCUAUUGGGUUUUUAACACCAUGUCAUUCUACACCAUGGCAAUCUUAUUUACAUAGACCUGAUUUGGUUAAUUCAACUUGGUUUUUAACUUGUGAACCACCAUUACAUUUAUUAAAUUCAGAUAAUUCAAGUAAAGAAGUUGAAUCAUAUAUGGAUGAAUCUGAUAUUUUUUAUGAAGAUCCAAAUAAAUUUUUAUUUCAAAAUUUCCCACCUGUUUUCAAUAAGAAACUUAGAUCACCUGGUAAAGAAUAUAAAUAUGAAUGGCCAACUCAUUUAGUCGUGUUCCAAGAUUUAGAACCUAUAAUUACAAGUUAUAUUAAAGAUUCACCAUAUCAAGAGUGUGCUAGAUUUUUCAAUACGUAUUCCCAUUGGGAUGAUAGAAGACGUGGUGAUGUAAUUGUUUAUUGUAAAUGGCCAUGGGAAUAA